GUUCUUCAACUGGUGUCGGGCUUCCCGCGACGGAUGGCUGUAGACGUGAAGUCGCGAGCAAAGCGUUAUGAAAAACUGGACUUCCUCGGAGAGGGACAGUUUGCUACGGUUUACAAGGCCAGAGACAAGAACACCAACCAAAUUGUCGCCAUUAAGAAAAUCAAACUUGGACAUAGAUCAGAAGCUAAAGAUGGUAUAAAUAGAACAGCCUUAAGAGAGAUAAAAUUAUUACAGGAGCUAAGUCAUCCAAAUAUAAUUGGUCUCCUUGAUGCUUUUGGACAUAAAUCUAAUAUUAGCCUUGUCUUUGAUUUUAUGGAAACUGAUCUAGAGGUUAUAAUAAAGGAUAAUAGUCUUGUGCUGACACCAUCACACAUCAAAGCGUACAUGUUGAUGACUCUUCAGGGGUUAGAAUAUUUACAUCAACACUGGAUUUUACAUAGGGAUCUAAAACCAAACAACUUGUUGCUAGAUGAAAAUGGAGUUCUAAAGCUGGCAGAUUUUGGCCUGGCCAAAUCAUUUGGGAGCCCCAAUAGAGCUUAUACACAUCAGGUUGUAACCAGGUGGUAUCGGGCCCCUGAGUUACUGUUUGGAGCUAGAAUGUAUGGUGUAGGUGUGGACAUGUGGGCUGUUGGCUGUAUAUUAGCAGAGUUACUUCUAAGGGUUCCUUUUUUGCCAGGAGAUUCAGACCUUGAUCAACUAACAAGAAUAUUUGAAACUUUAGGCACACCAACUGAGGAACAGUGGCCUGACAUGUGUAGUCUUCCAGAUUUCGUGACAUUUAAGAGUUUCCCUGGAAUCCCAUUACAGCACAUCUUUAUUGCGGCAGGAGAUGACUUGCUAGCUCUCAUACAAGGCUUAUUCUCAUUUAAUCCAUGUACUCGAAUUACAGCCUCACAGGCAUUGAAAACGAAGUAUUUCAGUAAUCGGCCAGGGCCAACACCUGGAUGUCAGCUGCCAAGACCAAACUGUCCAGUGGAAACUUUGAAAGAGCAGACAAAUCCCUCUCUGGCAACAAAACGGAAGAGAACAGAGGCCUUAGAACAAGGAGGAUUACCCAAGAAGCUAAUAUUUUAGUUACAGGUAACACUGGACAGUAUUUUACUACUGAAGGAAAUAGUCAAAAAGGCAAAUAAUGAAAAAGUAGUAAACAUUAAGUAAAUGCCGUAGAAGGAAUUUGUAAAUAUUCUACACAUGUAAAAUAUAUAAAACUGAGUUAUUUUUAUUAAAUCUAUUUUAAAACAAACGUAAUUCUGAUUUUUCUGAAUAAGAGUGCAAAAGUAAGAUAAGUUCAGUUCUCUGAACUGUAGAAUUGAGAAUGCUUUAAGGAAAUUUUAAUAAAAACUAUCAGUUAUGUUAAUGAUCUGGUGCAUAUAGCGUUACAAAUUUGUAGUAGCAGAAGCAAUAUUUAAAAACAGAAACAUAAUCGUAGUAAUUUAGCAAAUACCUACUACCCAGACUUAAUAAAUGUUAAUAUACUAAAUAGAAAAAAAAGAAAAUUGAGGUCCCUUUAAUAAGUCAUUCUGUCUGUUUCUUCCUUUCACCCUCUCUAAAGGAGAAUGACUCAGGAAAUAAGUGUGUGCUCCCAUGAUUUUAUACUGCUAUUUUAUAAGAAUGCAUGUGAUAAUACACAGCAUUGUUUGAGGUCUCAAUAUUUUAUGAUUGAUAAACUGUCUCAUACUGCAAUUUUUUUUACUCGUUUUUAAUUCCCUUCAUGUUAAUAUAUAUAAAUCUAGUUUAUUUAACUGCCAUAUAAUAUAUAUAAUAUGUAUGCAACACUACUAUCCAUGCUCUGUUUAUGAGCUGCAUUACAAUUCCUUUGCUAUAUAAAAUUGCCAUAAAUGUAGCAGCUUAGCACAAAUUUAUUAGCUCACAGUUCUGUAAGUCAUAGCUGGCAUGGCUCAGCUAUAUUUUUUUUAUAAGCCAAAAUCAAGAUGUCAGUUGGAUUGGGCUCUUAUCUGGGGCUUUAGGGAAGAAUCUGCUUCCAAGCUCAUUCAGUUCAUGCCAUUUUAAUGCAUGUGCCCCCUGUCCUUCCUAGCUGUCAGCUCAGUUUCUCAAGGCAGUCUGCAGGCCUUGUCACAUGGCACUCUCAAUCUAUAAGCCAGCAACAAUGCUUUGAAUCUGUCUGGCUUCCUCAUCUGCUACCAAGAGAGAAAUCUCUACUUUUUUAAAAAAGGGGGUGGGGCUCACCUUAUUGGGUUAUCCAUAUAUUAAGGUUAACUCAGUUAGACUUUAAAAUAUAUCUUAAAUCUCUUCUACGACAGUACCUAGACCAUCCCUAGAUGGGAAUCUUGAGAGGGCCAUCUUUAGAACUCUGCCACAUGGACAUUUAGAUUAUUUUCAAUUUCUCACAAUUAU